GCGCGUCGAAACGGAGGGAGGAAGUCUUCCAAGCUUGAGGGCUGGUGGUGGCAGGCGGCGCCCGACCCGGCGGCUACUCCGUCGGCCGUGGCGAUCGCGAGGCACCGCGCGUUGCAGGAGCAGCUACUGCACUUCGACCAGAACGCGUGGCUCACCAAGCACGCCAAGCAGCCGCGCUUCCAGUUCUCCGGUGAGCAGAAGCGCAUGCUGCGGCAGUGGUUCGACGCGCUGGACUCCGACGGUUCGGGCAAGAUCUCCGUGGAGGAGCUGGAGGACCCGAUGCUAUCCAUUGGCAUCGUGAGCGAUACGAGGGAGAUCGCGCAGAUCGUGAGCAAGCUGGACAAGGACGCCAAUGGACAGAUCGACUUCCAGGAAUUUGUGGACUUCCUCACGCCGCACGCGAGGCAUAACAAGGGCGCGAGUCCGCAGAAGCACGAGGUCAUGUUCCACCAACUCACCAAGAAGAUGGAGCACCAGAGUUCGGGGUUUAUGGAGAUCAAUACGCAGUUGUCGAUGGAGAGGAGGCGGUUCAUCCUCGACUCUAUCACUAGUUUUACGACGCAGUCGAUCCAAGAAGACCUCGCAGAGCUCAAGCACUUCAAGGAUGAACGGAGUCCUACUGGUGACGCCACCUCACCGGGACGGUCGCGGCAUCGACGGGCGAUGACAAAAAAGGCGAAACUUGCAGCGCUAGCCACUCGACACCAGGAAGAGCUGCGUUUUCAGGCACUGGAGCAGGUCUUCAUUCGCAACAGCGCCCAGAAGGUUUGUAUCUGUUGUGAGUGGCACUUUCAAGCGAUGCCUUCGUCGCUACUUGGGGCGCCUGCGGUGGACAGACCGCCCACCACGCCGAAGCGCUCCAUCGUCGCGAGCCCCAGUUUGGAGUAUCUCGACGCUCGACGCGCCAGCGCGAAGCUGCUGGAGCAGUCGGGAAUGGGCAGCUACCGGCGGCUGCUGCCAGCGUCAGGGCUUAGCAGCAGCAUGCCGAACCUCCCCGCAAAUACAGAC